AGGAAGAGAGAAAGGGACUUUCUCCCUUCGAAGGGAAAAUCACAUUGUUGCCUCAAUAAGAUUUCUCUCUCUCUCUCUUUCCCUUUGAGAACCCUUCAUUCUCGGUCUUCAUUCAGGGACAUUAAGGAGUUGUUGAGACAAACAAUUAAACAAUAAAGGUUGAUUUUCCGGCUUUGCGUGUAUCUUCACGCUCAAUCUUGGCCGGAAAUUAAACAUUGGUAAACAUGGAAAAUUCUCCUUCACCUUCUCCUCCUUCUCCUAAUUCUUCUUCUUCGUCUUCUUCUCCUCCUCCUUCUUCGCCUUCGCCUCCUUCUCCUGAUUCUUCUCCUCCUCCUUCUCCUCCCGAAUCUUCUCCACCUCCGCCUUCUUCUUCUCCUCCACCGUCUCCUUCUUCUUCACCUCCACCAUCGAAAUCGGAUUCUCCUCCUCCUCCAUCCCCCGAAUCAUCACCACCACCGAAAUCCGAUUCAUCUCCUCCUCCUCCAUCCCCUGAUCAAUCACCCCCACCAAAAUCUGACUCUCCUUCUCCUGCAUCACCACCUCCUACUAAAGAAUCUCCUCCUACAUCCCCACCACCCACGGAGUCUUCUCCUCCACCACCAAAGUCAGAUUCUUCACCUUCUUCUGACAAGACUAAUACACAAUCACCACCACCCUCCUCCUCCUCCUCCUCCUCAUCAUCAUCACCCCCACCACCAACCACAAACACAAAACCCCCUCCUUCCAAAAAUGCCUCCCCUAACGAACCUAAUUCCCCGCCAUCACCUACAACAUUCUCUCCACCGGCUCCUGUUUCUCCGAAUUCACCUCUAUCUCCGACUGAAAAGGCGUUACCUCCUCCUUCACGAGAUGCACCAUCGAAUAAUAAAUCACCUGGCUCCUCGGGAAACAAUAACCCAUCACCGUCUUACAAUUCAUCUUCAUCUUCCGGAAAUGUGGUAAUAAUAGCUGCAGUAGCUGUGACAGGCCUAUUGAUUCUUGCCGUUGUCAUUGUCUGCCUAUUAUGGAGUAGACGGAAGAAGAAACAACCCUACUAUAUGGAUCCCGCACAUAUUCCACCACCAACAGGUGGUGAUCCUUACUACAAUACACCCAAUUAUUCAACCAGCCCUCUACCCACUACGGACCACAUUGUUAAGUUAGCUCCACCACCAGGUGUAAUGGGAACUCCUCUAGAAGGACAACGUGGGUGGGCCCCGCCACCCCCGCCUCCAGCUGCUAAUACGAGCAGUGAAUUUAGCUCAGGUUAUUCAGGCCAUGCGCCUGGAGGGCCAGUCACAGUACCUCUAUCCCCUAAUUAUGGUGGACUCUCAAAAAUUCAGUUCACUUAUGAGGACUUAGCAGCCGCGACUGGUGGAUUUUCGCAAGCCAAUUUGUUAGGUCAAGGAGGGUUCGGGUUCGUACACAAAGGUAUUUUGACCGAUGGAAGUGUUGUCGCGGUGAAAAGUUUGAAGUCCGGGAGUGGACAAGGCGAACGAGAAUUUCAAGCUGAAGUUGAAAUUAUUAGUCGAGUUCAUCAUAGACACCUUGUUUCCCUUGUUGGAUUUUGCAUUGCCGAUGGACAACGUAUGUUGGUCUAUGAAUUUGUUCCCAACGGAACUUUGGAGCACCACCUUCAUGGUAAAGGUCAACCUGUCAUGGACUGGGGAUUUAGGCUUAAAAUUGCUUUGGGAUCAGCCAAGGGACUUGCUUACCUUCACGAAGAUUGCCAUCCUCGCAUUAUCCACCGUGACAUCAAGGGUGCAAAUAUUCUACUGGAUAACAAUUAUGAAGCCAUGGUGGCAGAUUUUGGGUUGGCUAAACUUACAGAAGACAACAAUACUCACGUUUCCACUCGUGUUAUGGGAACUUUUGGGUACUUAGCUCCUGAAUAUGCAUCAAGUGGCAAGUUAACUGAGAAGUCUGAUGUGUUUUCAUUUGGAGUCAUGCUAUUGGAACUGAUAACAGGGAGGAGACCUUUGGAUACUACCAAUAAACUCAUGGAUGACAGCCUUGUAGACUGGGCUAGACCUUUUCUUACAAAAGCACUGGAGGAGAAUAAAUACGGUGAAUUGGUAGACCCGCGACUUGAAGGAAAAUAUGAUCCUGAUGAGCUACAACGGAUGGUAGCGUGUGCUGCUGCUAGCGUUCGCCAUUCUGCCAGAAGACGUCCAAAAAUGAGCCAGAUUGUACGUGCCUUGGACGGCGAUUCAUCUUUGGAGGACUUGAAUGAGAAACCUGGCAAGAACAACACAGCUAAUUUUGGCGCGAAUGGGCCUGCCUCUGAUAUCUACGACACUCGUGCAUAUAAUGCUGACAUGAUGAAAUUCAGGCAAAUGGUGAUGACUAGCCAAGAAUUCAAUAGCAGUGAAUAUGGUGCUACAAGUGAUUAUGGACUUCAUCCUUCUGAUACUAGCAGUGAAUUUAGCAGUGACUAUAAUCAUUCUGGGGCCCACAAGCAAACAACAAAAUGAAUUGGAUCUAACAGAAAUAUAUGUGUUGCU